AUGCGUGGAUUCUCAACAGCGGCCUUGAUGGCCAUCGUCGCCAGCGUAGCUGCCAUCCCUAUCACCCCAGCUGCUCCUGCGUUGCAGCGUCGAGCAGAAGUCAUGCGGUCCGAAGGCAUGGCCGAGCACGAUAUUGCGGAGCAGUUGUCCAUUCCCCUGAUUGACAACGAGUUGGAGCAUCAACCAUUCUUAGACCACGUCACGUCUAGGUUGUACGCAGUAUUCCGAACACCUUCCGAAGAGGAGAAGCGCGAUCAAUCUGGUGACAUUGCACCAGGCUCACUCGAGUCACCGCAGAUGCUGCCACGCGCUGCUGCACCACAGAGCUUCGCCGACACCAUCUCUCAAAAGUUCGGUGCUGUCUUCCGAGGGCAAGACUUCAGCAUUCGGGACUUCGGUUAUGAGGGCAAGGAACUCGAGCUGAGACGGCCCACGGGGAUGAGGCAUUGGGACUAA